AUGGGGCACCUCUUCCUCCCUGAAGAGACGAAUAAUCCUGCGGUAAUCAUCCUCGGACUUGGGAAUUAUCCUGAUUCCUGCAUCGACGGCAACCGCGCGUUCGAAUUUGAUGCCCAAAGAAAUAAACUUGUGAUUUACGCCUCGCCAUCUCGAAGCAUCGCGAAGAACGAUAGGGGUAACACAUGUCAAGAGGACGAACAAGAAAGAGCCAAAAAGGAACCUUUAAAGAAGAAAAUAUGAAAAGAGCGGUUUAGCAAGUUUUAGUAGGAAUAAAUGUGCUUAAGUUGCCUCUUCGGAAAGCUGCAGAAGAAAACAAUCUAUCGUUUCAAACGUUG